AUGGGGUGUCUUUCUUCAUCUUAAAAAGAAGAGGAUGUUAGCAUUGCUUUGUAGAGUUAGAAGAAGUUAAAGAUUGUAUUCAUAGGAUUAGAAGGGAGUGGAAAGACAGCAAUAUUAUAAUAUUUGAGAAAUGGAAAAUUUACCGAAACUUAACCUACUAUAGGUUUGAAUGUUGAGACAAUUUAAUAUAAACAGAGAUUCUAUUUGAUUUUUGAUGUUGGAGGGAAAGUGCGAACAUUGUGGUCUCAUUAUUAUGAUAAUUUGGAUGGGUUGGUUUUUGUUGUUGACAGUACAAAUCAGGAGAAAUAAUAAGAGAUCUAAAAAGAAUUAAAAAAGUUAAGCGAGGAUAUAAAAACAAAGAUAGUGUUAUUAAUGUAUCUGAAUAAAUCAGAUUUACAAAAUUCUUAGACCAUGGAAUUUGGAGAUAUUCCAUACUCAAAAUCAGAUGUGAUAAUCCAAAAAUGCAGUGCGAAAUCAGGUGAAGGAAUCUGGGAAGGUAUUGAUAAAAUGAAUGGAUUGUUGGAUCAAAAAUUCUAAUCUUGA